AUGGGUGACGACAGUGAGUGGAUGAAGUUGCCCAUUGACCAGAAGUGUGAACACAAGGUGAUUUACCCCUUUAACACACACACACACACACACACACACACACACACACACACACACAAUAAGACAAACCUGACUUUCCUCAGUGUUGAGUCCUUGCUGGAUGUUUUUCAGCAGCUGUGGUUUUGUUUCAUAAAAUGUUAUCCAAUAGCAAACCCAGCAUUCUCAUUGUAAGCUCAUUUAUAGAGCAGCUUUUCUUGAACUUGUUUACUUCCACAAAAACAUCUCAUUUAGACUGGAUUUCCAGCAGCAUAGAGCUAGACUGGAGAAGGCUUAUUGGCUUCUUCCAAAAGGAUAACUUAAAACCCAGUGACGCUUAUGAUUUGAUAGUUUCUAAUCCCUGUCUUCAGAGUUUCUCUCAAAUGAUCAAACCACUUACACUGACUGCUUCAAUCACAAUGGAUGAUAUGCUAGGCCAAACAACUACCAAAGAAGGCCCGUUUUAAAUUAGUUUCUCUACCCUGUCAUUCCAACUAGAAUCUGGAUCACAUCAUCCUAUCCCUUAGUUAUAAACUCUAAAUUACCUUGACUCCCUCUCCUCACAAUGCUCACUGUUCUCCUGCUUCAUCCCAACCAAGGUGUGGAAAGCCAGACUAAAUGGAUAUGAAGAUGCCCUGAAGCUCUUCCAGCGUAUAGAGGACGAGAAGAGCCCAGAAUGGGGCAAAUACCUGGGCCUGCUUAAGAAGUUUGUGACAGACUCGAACGCUGUGGCUCAGCUCAAGGGCCUCGAGGCAGCACUUGCUUACGUUGAGAAUGCUCAUUUGGCUGGCAAGUAAGUACUAAACCUACAUCAGUUAUCUGACUACACGGAUUGUACUGUGUAAAAAUAAGUAAUAAAUAACUUGUUCUCCGUCUUCAGGCUACUUGAAUAUUUCCUGAUGUAAACACUGUUUAAAGAAGUAAUGCAUUGCCUUAACUUAUAGCCUGGGUCUACAGGUUAGGUGAAUACAUAGAAUUAAAAUACAUGACUCAUCGUAAUUCUAUGGGUGAAUAUAUCUACAUGAUCUCCCGGUGAAAGCUUUCUGUUUGUGUUAUAAGUACUGCUCUCUGUGUGAAUAUGGGCUUGUUGUGGAAAGCUCCAGUGAGCUGCAACACAGUCAGGAGAAAUGUGAUGCCUGCCUGAUAUUUAUUUAUGGAUCGAGUCAGUCUGACAUCAGAUCCAUCUAUUGUGUGCAGCCUAUUGGGCAAGGGUUACGCUAUUGAAUGACUGGUAGAUCCUCUUGAGUUUAGCUAAAAGGUGGGAUUUCCAGAUUACCUCUUUUACACCUGGACAGCUUCUGGUUAUGAACAACAUGGUAUUAUAUUGUAAAAAAACAGUAUUCUUCUUCUCUGGAUUUUGCUUGUGUUCCAGAACAUCAGGAGAGGUGGUGUCUGGAGUGGUCAGUAAAGUGUUUAACCAGCCUAAAGCCAGGGCCAAAGAGCUUGGCUCAGACAUCUGCCUCAUGUACAUAGAAAUCGAGAAGGCUGAGGUGGUUCAGGAUGAGCUCAUCAAAGGCCUCGAUAACAAAAACCCCAAGAUUGUUGUCACCUGUAUUGAAACUUUAAGGAGGGCACUUAGGUGAGUUGUUAAACUUCCUAGUUUCAUAUAUAUAUAUAUUUUCUUUACCCUAGCUAUUAUGUCAUUACAUACAUAGGCCUAAAUUCUGAAAUGUAACAUGAUUUGUUUCAUUUCCAGUGAAUUUGGCUCCAAAAUUAUUACCCUGAAGCCAGUGGUGAAAGUUUUGCCCAAACAGUUUGAGUCGAGAGAAAAGGCGGUCCGAGACGAGGCCAAACUACUAGCAGUAGAGAUCUAUAAAUGGAUCCGGGAUGCUCUGCGACCUCCUCUCCAGGGCAUCAACUCUGUUCAGGUGAGAUGACACUUCUGAACACUUUCAUACAGAGGCUCUUUCUCAAUUCAUCUUUCCUCAAUUUCUCACAUCCCCUCUCCUCUCCACCUUCUCAAAACUCAUAGGAGAAGAAGUUCUGAGGGGAGGGACUUUGGACCUUCUCCAAUAAUAGGAUUAUAGCAUGGAAUCGUGGAAAGACUAAUUGAGAUGCAGCCAGAGUUUCUCUAUGCUCAUAUGCAAUAUGGGUCUCCCAAAAUGCCGGAACAACGAUGAAUGGGAUGUCUAACAGUUGUGUUUCUUCCUCUUCCUUUCAAAGUUGAAAGAGCUGGAAGAGGAGUGGGUGAAGCUGCCGACGACGGCCCCUAAACAGAGCCGCUUCCUCCGCUCCCAGCAGGCCCUCAAGGCCAAGUUUGAACAGCAGCAGGCGGCUGGAGGAGACGAGGCAGACGGUAAGCUUUAUCAGAAAUAGUUUUGAUGUUCACAUUUAAGUAUUUUACCCCCUUUUUUCCUAGCCUGGGUGCCAGUGUGUUUGUGCUAUCUUGCCCACUCCUUAUGGAAAUGUUGGCUAGAUGGCACAAACAGUUCUGUGACUAGGCUGCUUUUUACCCCCUGCAGCUUAAUUCCAUUUGUGGAACGGUUGAUCUUCAUCGAUGGCUUUUGAGGGUGAAUUUGUGCUAUGCUUUAUAUCUGUGAAAGUUAACUUGAAAUGCCCAGGUGUUGUUGACAGACAAGAAGGUUGACGUAUGAUGGAAACUGGUCUUGAGAAAGGCCUUUGUGCUGAAACGUCGACAUCAAACCGUCUCCAAUAUAUCCCCUCGUCUUGUUUACUUUUUGUUCUAUAAUCUUACUAAUGAGAUGGGUCUAGGCCUACAAUAUCAGACGGUCUCAGUCUGUAAACUCUUUCAGGAGAUGACCAUGACAAACCUGCACCUCAGGUUGAUCCUUAUGAGCUGCUGGAACCAGUGGAGAUCCUCUCAAAACUACCUAAAGACUUCUAUGACAAAAUUGUAAGUUUGGGCACCAGUGCUUUAGGAAAGGCCCUAGUGGAUCUAUGGAUGUGAUAUAAUGCUGAAUGCUUCUAAAUUAUUUUAUAUUAUAAGGUUGAAUGCAAAUGUGUUUCUUGUAACAACGAUCUGAUUUUUAUCUGACCAUAGGAGGCCAAAAAAUGGCAGGAGAGGAAAGAGGCCAUGGAAGCGUUGGAGACCUUGGCUAAAAAUCCUAAAUUGGAGAAUGGUGACUAUGGGGACUUAGUCAGAGCACUAAAAAAGGUACAGUAA